AUGCCGUCGAAGAAGUCAAAGCUUCUUCCGUCCGGAGGGAUGGAGUUCAAACCAGCCAACAAGGACAAACGAAAAAUCCUGCAUAUCAAGCGGAAGAAGGUCAAGGACGCCCAGUCCCGUGCAGAACGAUUCGCAAGGAAGAAGGAAGAGGCUAAGAAUCCAAAGCUCAAGGCAGAGCGGCUGCGACGGAAUAUACCCCUAACGCUAGAGAGAAAACGGGUGUGGGAUGAUGUGGACAGCGAUGUCGAGGACGGCCUGGGAAUGAGCUUCGAUGUGGAGCGGGUUAAACGACACAAGAUGGAAGAGGAGGCAUGGCGGGAGAAGAUUGAUGAAAUCAAUGCUACAAGUGGUAAUGAGGGAAAGGGUGGCGAAGGCGAAGAAGCAGAUGAACACGGAGACAACGAUGAGGUGGAUAGCAUGAUCGCAUCCGAGAGUGAUGAGGAUGAAGAUUCAGAGGGAAACGAUCGGAUUCAAGAGUCAAAUCGCACGCGGAAAUCAAAACUACCCUCCGCAACAGAGCGCGCAACAAGUCCUACGCAGUCUACUAGAAGCACCAACCUCGAUCUCGCUCCUGACGCCCUGGCCGCCAAAUUCCCUACCCUCUUCACCAAAGAACUCCCUCCAGCUCCGAAAAUCCUAAUCACCACCUCUAUCAACUCUACUUUACACGACCAAGCCCAGCUCCUGACCGAUUUGUUUCCUAAUAGCGUCUACAUCCGCCGUUCCGCCCAUAAAUACGCCCAUAAAUACUCCGUGAGAGAAAUAUCCAAAUUUGCCUCGAACCGGAAUUUCACAGCGCUGGUAGUCGUGGAGGAAGACCAAAAGCGCGUAUCGGGUAUGACGAUAGUUCAUCUGCCCGUGGGACCGACUUUCCACUUCAGCGUCAGCAACUGGGUCGAAGGCAAAAAGCUUCCCGGACACGGGAAUUCCACAGGCCACUGGCCCGAGUUGAUCUUGAAUAAUUUCCGGACCCCUCUUGGAAUGUUGGCGGCACAUCUAUUCCGCACUCUUUUCCCAGCACAACCCGAGCUAGUAGGGCGGCAGGUGGUGACGCUGCACAACCAACGAGAUUACAUAUUCGUGCGAAGGCACCGAUAUGUGUUUCGUGAGAAGAGGGAGACGGAGAAAAGCGUGGUGGGUGCUGAUGGGAAGGAGAUGAAGGGUGUGGAGGGUAUUAGGACUGGGUUGCAAGAACUGGGUCCGCGGUUUACGCUGAAGCUGAGGAGAGUUGAUAAGGGGAUACAGCGGGCGAGUGGACAAGAGUGGGAGUGGAAGGGGGGAAUGGAGAAACAGCGGACGAAGUUUCAGCUGUAG